AUGGAAAAACUUAAUGUUUUUUUUCUGAAACAUGCAUCAUCUGUGCAAGUGGGAAAUCAAAAUCAAAUUGGGGGAUUUUUCUAUUCUAGGGCUCGUGUGGUGUCAGAGUUGGGAAAGAGUGAUGAUGCAGGAGUUCAACUGUUUGGUUUCGUUCUGGGGACGGUGGGGUUUGGCAUCGGAAUCCGGCUAGGGCAACUGUCGCCGGGAGUGGAGUAUAGGCUUCACCGGAAGCUUGGAAUCGGAGUGUUCUGCUUAGGGGCGUUGCAGACUCUGGCACUGUUGUUUAGGCCAAACACAAGGAACAAGUUCAUAAAGUACUGGAAAUCGUACCACCACUUUGUAGGGUACUUGUGUGUGGUGCUUGGGUUUGUGAAUGUCUUUCAAGGAUUUGAGGUGAUGGGUGCAAGCAGGUCCUACGCCAAGUUGACCUAUUGCCUAGGACUCUCUACUCUCAUUGGCCUUUGCAUUGCUUUGGAGGUCAAUUCUUGGGUCGUUUUCUGCAGAAAAUCCAAGGAAGAUAAGAUGAGGAGAGAAGGGUUCAUUGCAACUUCUCACAAAGGAACUUCAUCUGCCAUUCACAAUUAA